AUGAAUAGGACCACCAAUUUCAUCAACAAACCUUCCUUCUCUUUGUGUUUUCGCUACCCUUUUUCAUGUUCUGCUACCCAACCUGUUCAGCCUGUGUAUGACCUCAGCACCUGCAUAGCCUCAUUGCAAGCAUGUGCUCGCUACAAGAGCCUCCGAAAAGGCAAGCAAAUACACGCAUAUAUGCUCACAAAUGGCUUCCUUUGCUCCCCUCUAUCCAUAACCAGCCUUAUCAACAUGUACUCCAAGUGCAACCAAAUGGGUGAUGCCGUCUCUACCUUUUACUAUAGGUUCCAUGAUCACAAUGUAUUUGCUUACAAUGCAGUCAUUGCUGGGUUCACUGCAAACGGGUUGGCUAGAAAUGCAUUUGAAUUCUAUAACAGAAUGCGGUUGACAUAUGUCGUGCCAGAUAAGUUUACGUUUCCAUGUGUGAUCAGAGCUUGUUGUAGCAUACGGGAGGUUAUGAAAAUUCAUUCCUUGGUGAUUAAACUUGGGUUGGAAUUGGAUGUAUAUGUUGGUAGUGCUUUGGUGAAUACAUACUUGAAAUUCCUGUUAGUAAAGGAGGCACAGAAAGUGUUUGAGGAGUUGCCUUCUAGAGAUAUUGUGCUUUGGAAUGCAAUGGUUAAUGGGUUUGCACAGAUUGGACGUUUUGAUGAAGCUUUAGUUGUCUUUAGGACAAUGGGUGAGGAAGGGGUCAUGCCAAGUAGGUUUACGGUAACUGGGGUCCUGUCGAUAUUCGCCAUGAUGGGAGAUUUUGACCAUGGGAGAGCAAUUCAUGCGAUUGCAUUGAAAAUGGGGUAUGAUUCACAUUUUGAGGUUGCAAAUGCUUUGAUUGACAUGUAUGGAAAAUGCAAGUUUACAGAAGAUGCAUUGGAUAUUUUUGACAUGAUGAUUGAGAAGGAUAUAUAUUCUUGGAACUCAAUUAUAGCAGUGCAUGAACAGUGUGGUUAUCAUGAUGAAACUCUCAGGCUGUUCUACAGAAUGUUAGGUGCUGGAAUUCUACCUGAUUUGGUGACCAUCACAAUAGUUGUUCCAGCUUGCUCUCAUCUAUCAGCAUUGAUGCAUGGUAGAGAAAUUCAUGGAUAUAUGAUUAAAAAUGGGGUAGGCAAGGGGGAUGUGAAUAAGGAAGAUGUCAAUGAUGUGCUAAUGGCCAAUGCGAUCAUGGACAUGUACGCAAAAUGUGGGAGCAUGAGAAAUGCUUAUAUGGUUUUCGAUAAGAUGAAAAAUAAGGAUAUAGCGUCAUGGAACAUCAUGAUCACAGGUUAUGGCAUGCACGGCAAUGCUAACGAGGCAUUAGAUAUGUUCUCUCGCAUGUGUGAGACACAGAUUGAGGUUGAUGAGGUCACAUUGGUUGGGGUUCUAUCUGCAUGCAGCCAUGCAGGGUUAGUGAGUGAAGGGCGUGAAUUAUUGAGACAAAUGAGGUCAAAAUAUGGUGUAAUUCCAACCAUUGAGCAUUAUACAUGUGUAGUUGACAUGCUUGGUCGAGCUGGACAUGUAGUGGAGGCAUUUGAAUUGGUGCAAAACAUGCCUAUUCAAGCCAAUGCUGUGGUGUGGAGGGCAUUGUUAGCAGCAUGUCGACUUCAUAGGAAUUCGGACAUUGCAAAAGUAGCUGCACAGAAGCUUAUGGAAAUUGACCCUGGGCACUCUGGUAAUUAUGUGUUAACGUCCAAUAUUUUCGUAGAUACUGGUCAGUAUGAAGAGGUAUCAGAAGUUAGACAGACAAUGAGGCAACAUAAUGUCCAGAAGGCACCAGGCUGUAGCUGGACUGAGUUGAAGGAUGGCAUGCAUGCUUUUGUCAAUGGUGAUAGGUCCCAUCCGAAAGCCAACUUUAUUUAUGCUCAAUUGGACUCAUUGACUGCUCGACUUCGUGAGCAUGGAUAUGUGCCCCAGCUGUAG